AUGGACACCGCUGGACGGGACUUUGCUCGAGAAGCGCUGAAGCAUGUGACAGCUUCCUGCUCGGUCAUCGUGGUGUGCAGCGACGACCGCUCGGCGGCCGAGGAGCUCGCCCAGGCGGUGCUCCUCACACGUGGCGGUGGAGCUCCUCGUGCCGAGGCGCCGUGGAUGCGGUAUCCGGCGGUGGAGGCGGUGGAGAAAGCCUGGAAGGAGCGAAAAAGUGGGAGAUGGGAUGGAGUAUAG